AUGGCGGAGGGCGGCGGCGGGCCGGCGCGCAGGAAGGCGCUAUCGCUGCUGGAGGCGGCCCGAUCCCGCUACGAGAGCCUGCAGAUCUCCGACGAUGUCUUCGGGGAGUCGGGCCAGGACAGCAGCGGGAACCCCUUCUACAGCACCUCGGCCGACUCCCGCUCCGCCGCCUCUUCCCAGGACGAGGACGACGACGAGGAAGACCAGGGGCGCCCGGGGGUGCCGAGCCCGCGGGGCAGGGCGGCCCGGCGCCAGGAGGAGGAGGAGGAGGAAGCGGAGAAGGGGGGCUGGACCCGGUCGCUGCGAGACGUCCCACCCCCUCAUUUCAAGGAUGGCAGCGGUCCAACACGGAAAAUGCCCCUGACUGCCAGUGCCAUGGACUUUUUUCAGCUCUUUGUCCCUGACAAUGUACUAAAGAAUAUGGUGGUCCAAACCAACAUGUAUGCCAAGAAAUACCAGGAGAGGUUUGGUAGUGACGAUGCCUGGAUUGAUGUCACCUUGACAGAAAUGAAGGCCUUCUUAGGCUACAUGAUAUCAACCAGCAUCCACCACUGUGAGUCUGUUCUCAGCAUCUGGAGCAGCGGCUUCUACAGCAACAAGAGCAUUGCACUUAUCAUGACACAAUCGAGGUUUGAGAAGAUUCUGAAGUACUUCCACAUUGUGGCCUUCCGCUCGAGCCAGACAACGCAUAGCCUCUACAAAAUCCAGCCUUUUCUGGACUCUCUGCAGAAUGGCUUUGACUCUGCUUUCAGACCUUCACAAGCCCAGGUACUACAUGAGCCCCUGAUAGAUGAGGAUCCUGUUUUCAUUGCUACCUGUACAGAGAGGGAGCUGCGCAAGAGGAAAAAGAGGAAAUUCAGUCUUUGGGUUCGGCAGUGCUCAUCCACUGGUUUCAUCUGCCAGAUUUACGUCCAUCUCAAAGAAGGGAGUGGUGCUGAUGGGUUGGAUGCUUUGAAGAACAAACCACAGCUUCACAGUAUGGUGGCCAAAAGUCUUUGUCAAAAUGCUUCUGGGAAGAAUUACAUCAUCUUUACAGGCCCAAGCAUUACCAGCCUGAACCUCUUUGAAGAAUUUGAGAAGCAAGGUAUUUACUGCUGUGGGUUGCUGAGCACCAGGAAGAGCGACUGCACAGGCCUACCUCCAUCCAUGCUGAACAAUUCUGCAACUCCACAGUCCAGAGGACAGUACAGAAUAAGAAUGAAGGGAAACAUGUCAUUGAUUUGCUGGUACAAUAAAGGGCACUUUCGUUUUCUGACCAACGCCUAUUCUCCAGUUCAACAAGGAGUUAUAAUUAAGAGAAAAAGUGGAGAAAUUCCAUGCCCACUGGCAGUUGAAGCCUUUGCUGCUCACCUUAGCUAUAUCUGCAAAUAUGAUGAUAAAUACAGCAAGUAUUUCAUUUCUCACAAACCAAACAAGACCUGGCAACAAGUGUUCUGGUUUGCCAUCAGCAUCGCUAUAAAUAAUGCCUACAUCCUCUACAAAAUGUCAGAGGCCUACCAUGUGACAAGGUACAGCCGCGCACAGUUUGGUGAAAGACUUGUAAAGGAGCUUCUGGGCUUGGAGGACACCUCACCCACCCAUUGA